UUUGAUAUCCACCGUAAACUGAGCAUUAGACGUUUUUAUGCAUAUGCAUUUUUUAAAACUGAGAAAAUAAAAGUUCUUUGAAACAGCUGCCUUUUUCAAGAUGCAUUGUUUUACAGCCUAGGCCUGCUUUGGAGACAAACAUUGCAAACUGGAUGUAGCUGAAGCACUGCAAAAUUGCCAGCAUGGGCUCUCAAGAGCAGGAUGAUAAGUUCUAUUAUGUGUACAGCUGUGACCUAGAUGCCAAUCUGCAAGUCAAAAUCGGUACCCUGGAGGGCGACCGGCGCCGGCCCGACUACGAGGACCUGCUGCUGGACCCGAUGAUCGAGUUCUCGGGCCGAUGGCAGCAGCAGUGCUCGGAUAUGUACGUGGAGGUGCAGGUGCUGAGCGGCCGGGUCGAGAUCGCGCUGCCCGUCACCACCUCCUACAAGGCGUUCACCACCCGCUGGAACUGGAACGAGUGGCUGACGCUGCCGGUACGCUACUGCGACCUGCCUGAUGACGCCGUACUGAGGUUCACCGUGUUCGAGCCGUGCCGACCGCAGCGGGCGGCCGUGGUGGGCGCCACCAGCAUUAAGGUCUUCACCCCGGACCGCUGCCUCAAUCAGGGUCUGCACGACCUGCGCCUGUCUCCGCCGCCGGAGGAGCUGCCGGAGUCCACAGCACGAGCCACGGACGGCGCCGCGGGGGACGGAGGACCGGGAGCGGCCAAAUCUGAGGGUGGCACUGAGACUGCUGCCUCCACAUCAGUGACCAUCGUGAGGGCGACCAGCCCGGCCUCCGCCCCCGCCCCCGCCCCCGCCCCCGCUCCAGCCGGGUCGCCCAAGAAGGAUGCCAGCGAUCAGAUGGAGCGGUUAAGUAAGCUAACGAAGCGCCACAGGAACGGCCAGCUGCAGCAGAUCGACUGGCUGGACCGGCUCACCUUCCGCGAGAUAGAGGUCAUCAACGAGCGGGAGAAGCGCUCCUCCUCCGCGCUCUACCUGAUGAUCGAGUUCCCCAAGAUCGUCGCUGACAAACAGGAGUACGCGAUGGUGUACUUUGAGCAGGGCGCCGACGCCGAGGAGCACUGCCGCACACGCGCCGACAUCGUCACCGUAGCCGACCACGAGGCAGACCUGGAUAACCUGCUGGAGCUGAAGCACCACCACCUGGCGCGCUCCCUGCGCUCCGGAGUUACCGACCGCGACCUGAAGCCGGACGCGGCCACCCGCGACCAGCUCAGCAUGGUGGUGAACGCACCGCCCACCCGCCCCACCAGCCGAGAGGCGCAGGACCUCGUCUGGAAGUACCGCUUCUACCUCAGCUCGCAGAGCAAGGCGCUGUCCAAGUUCCUCAAGUGUGUCAACUGGGAGCAGACGUCCGAGUCGCAGCAGGCGCUGGAUCUGAUGCUGCGCUGGGCGCCCAUCGACCCGAACCAGGCGCUCGAGCUGCUCGGGCCAUCCUUCACCCACCCGGCCGUGCGCGCCUACGCCGUCUGCCGGCUGCAGCAGGCGCCCGACGAGGAGCUGCUGAUGUACCUACUGCAGCUGGUGCAGGCGCUGCGCUACGAGAUCGAGGAGACCAUUUUCGCCGGUCUGGAGGUGUCGCCGACACCCUCCCGUCCGUCAUCGCUCAUCAUCACCAGCCUCAGCGCGCCGCCCAGUGAUGACGGUGUGAAGAGCGAGUGUCCGAGCCCAGUGCCGCCUGCCGGCGAGGAUCUCCCACCGGCGUCCUGUCCGGCCGAGGAGCAGGCGCCGCGCCCGGACCCGGCCGGAGGCGAUAUCACCGACCUCUCUUCGUUCCUGAUCAGCCGCGCCUGCCAGAAUGCCGUGGUGGCUAACUACCUCUACUGGUACCUGCUGAUUGAGUGUGACGAGCUAGACGACCCGGCCAAGCAGGACAUGCGCGUACGGAAACGCUACCUGGCCGUAAUGAAGCGGUUCACUCAGGCGCUGAACCGCGGCGGUGCAGACUGCAGGGCCACUAAAUUCGUCCUGUCGCGGCAGCAGCACUUCAUCAGCAGGCUGGUCAAGCUCUUCAAGACGGUACAGAAGGAGAGCGGCAACCGGCGCAAAAAGAUCGAGAAGAUGCAGUCGCUGCUGGCUGACCCGGACGCGCUCAAGUUCAACUUUGCUACGUUCGACCCGCUGCCGCUGCCGCUGGACCCGGAGGUCCGCAUCUGCGGCAUCCUGCCCGACAAGGCGACGCUGUUCAAGUCUGCGCUGAUGCCGGCCCGGCUGACGUUCCUCACCGACACGGGAGCAGAGUUCGUCGCCAUCUUCAAGUACGGCGACGACCUGCGCCAGGACCAGCUGAUCCUGCAGAUCAUCAUGCUGAUGGACAAGCUGCUGCGGCGCGAGAACCUCGACCUCAAGCUGACCCCGUACCGGGUGCUGGCCACCAGCAGCAGACACGGGUUCGUUCAGUUCAUCGAGUCGUCAGCCGUGGCCGAGGUGCUUAGCACCGAGGGCAGCAUCCUCAACUUCUUCCGCAAGCACCACCCGUCCGAGACGGGCCCGUACGGCGUCAGCGCCGACGUCAUGGACACCUACAUCCGAAGCUGUGCGGGCUACUGUGUCAUCACCUACCUGCUGGGCGUCGGUGAUCGGCACCUGGACAACCUGCUGCUGACCAAGUCGGGCAGCCUGUUUCACGUCGACUUCGGCUACAUCCUCGGCCGCGACCCCAAGCCGCUGCCGCCGCCGAUGAAGCUCAGCAAGGAGAUGGUGGAGGCGAUGGGCGGCAUCAACUCCGAGCACUACCAGACGUUCCGAAAACAGUGCUACACUGCCUUCCUCCACCUGCGCAGGCACGCGGAUGUGAUCCUGCACCUGUUCUCGCUGAUGGUGGACGCAAACAUCCCAGACAUCGCGCUCGAGCCCGACAAGACGGUCAGGAAGGUCCAGGACAAGUUCAGGCUGGACCUCUCAGACGAGGAGGCCGUGGCCUACAUGCAGAACAUGAUCGACGUGUCGGUAACGGCCGUCAUGGCCGCCCUCGUGGAGCAGCUGCACAAGUUUGCCCAGUACUGGCGGCGGUAGGGCCGCCCCCGCCCCCGCCCCCGCCCCCGCCCCCGCCGAGGGCGGACCUUCCUGGCACCCUGUGAUAUAAAUGUGAGUGUGUGUGUAUAUGCCGGCGACCUGUGCCUACUGUCGCUAUUUAUCGUGUCAUUAUGAUGGUGUACCUUGUAUGCAAAUAUAUCGUUUGUAUAAUCAG